UCGCCUUGCCACCCUAACCCUAACCCUUUAAGACCAGCUUUUGUGACAAACUAUUACAAUAUUUCUCUCUUCCAGGAAAGGAAAGAAUCCUCUGGCUAGCUGGAACCACCAGUCCUCCCUCUCUGGUGGCCGUGGCCUCCAGCCAAGUGGUACCAAGCAACAAUCUGUUGACUUUGUAGACUCAAGAACUUGCAUCUGUGCAUCUCGUCUCUCCAAAUUCCAGCUGUCUUGGUCCUGAGGAUGAGGACAGAGCAAGGCCUGGACCCCUUGCCUGCAAGUCCAGCAUUGAGAGACAUGCUGGAACAGGAAGAGAAAAUGUGUGAACCGGAUGUGGUAGGUCUCCAAAUGGCACCCCAGGUCUCCCUUGCCUUCCACGCUGGGAAUAGCAGGAAAUCCCGGGAAAGAAAGGGAGCAGCCAUCUUGGAUGAGGAGAAUGCGAUCCACUUGGACCCGCCCCAGGAUCAGAUGCAAAGCCGGGAGUGGCAGAGGCAGAGGCUGCCAGGAGGUUCCUUCCUGGAGAAAGUAGAAGAAGAUCAGGGACCGGUGACCUUCGAGGAAGUGGCCGUGCGCUUCACCCGGGGGGAGUGGGGGAUGCUGGACCCGGAGCAGCGGGCACUCUACCGGGAGGUCAUGGUGGAGAACUACGGGACGCUGGCCUCUCUGGAAGAGCCUCCAGUUGCCAAGCCUGAUCUCAUCUCCUGGUUGGAAGACAAAGAAGAGAUAUAUAGACCAAGCUCUGAAGAAGGAAAUGGGAAGAGAGCAGGUGACACCUGGGGGAAUGAUGGCAGCAAUAGACCGGUUGGGGUAGUGCCCGAUGAAGGGAUGGGCAAAGAUGCGGAAGAAGGUCUGUGGAAUCAGAGAGGGGAAGAGGAACAAGGAAAGAACCAGCCAACCGGGAUGUGGCCAAAGGAAGCAGCAGAUGAUGAGACGGUAGCUGGAACCGACAGCGAGACAAGUGGGGGCCUUGUGUCCAAAGAACCCCUACAGGCUUUGCCAGGAGGGUCACAAGCAACAAUUCCCUUUGUGAUGGAGACAGCUGAGAGUGAUGUCUGGGAAAGCGGAAGUGAUUGGGAACCUUGUGGGGUAUUGUCAGAAGAUACGGAGGAUGAGGACAUGAAAAGCCACUCUGGGAACCCAAAAGGGCCAGAGAGGAAUGAAGAAGCCCAGGCUGAGGAGUGGCUAAAUAGAGACAAUUCCCAGGGAAGCAACUACAGUGGAAUGCCGGUGCAACAAAAAAUCUACAAGGGCAAGAGGAAGAACCAGUGCAAAGUUUGUGGGAAAAGUUUCACUCGGAAGGCAAGCCUUAAAGUUCACCAGAGAAUCCACACGGGGGAGAAGCCCUAUAAAUGCACCGUCUGCAGCAAGGGCUUUUGCGACAAAACCAGCUUUCUUCGCCACCAGAGGAUCCACACCGGGGAGAAACCGUACAAAUGCCCAGAAUGCGGAAAGAGUUUUAAUCGGACCACGAACCUGAUUACCCAUCAAAAAACGCACGUGGAAAGCAGAGAGAAGACCUUUCACUGCUCCAGCUGCAGCAAAAGCUUUUACAACAAGUACAGCCUGAAGACCCACUGGCGAAGCCACACGGGGGAGAAGCCCUAUAAAUGCUCCAGCUGCAGCAAGAGCUUCUGCGAUAAGUCCAACCUGGAGGCUCACUGGCGCGUGCACACCGGGGAGAGGCCUUUUGAGUGUUCGGAGUGCGGGAAGAGCUUCAGCGACCGCAGAACCCUCCUUCGCCACCAGAGGAUCCACACGGGGGAGAAGCCAUACAAAUGCACCGAGUGCGGGAAGAGCUUUAAUGACCUCGCCACACUCCUCCGGCACCAGAAAAUCCACACGGGGGAGAAGCCCUAUCGGUGCACCGAGUGUGGGAAGAGCUUCAACCAAAGCUCGCAUCUCAUCCGACAUCAGAACACGCACGACGCCAAGCGCCAUAAAGCCUUGGAACCAAAGCGUGGGGCGAAGGCUUCCGUUGGGACCAAUAUCUUUUUGGAUAUUGGAAGCUUCGCCCAAGAGAGCUAUUACCAGUACGCUCACCCCACAGAGCCUUUUCACUGGCCCCUUUCGUCAUAUUCACCUUCCGCUGAGCCAGGAGAAGGAGGCAUGCCCAACCUGUGGACUAUUCAGGAGACAUCUGUGGGAGACCAAGCCAUCCUGGUCAUGAAAGAAUUCACAGAGGAGAGGACCUUGGCCCUGGCAUCGCAGGGCAGGCGGUUUAACCCUUGGAGCCCCGCUGCGGAGUGCAAGAGCGGUGACGUUUCUUCGGCUCGGGUGCCUGCGGUUAGCGGCGCUCGCCUCUUCCUCAGCUGCGUCCCCGCCGGCAGAGACGAAGAGGGAAACUACCAGAACGCCAAGGGGACAAGCAGCCAAGCCCCCAUCUGCGCCAGGGGACUCAUAGACCGUAGGGAGGAACAUAAUGCGCAGCUAUCUUUCAAAGAAGAGGGUACAAUUAUUUGUGGACUUAUUUGGCCUAGGAAUCCUUGUCACAGCAGCUUCGAGAAGCUCCCGUCAGCCUCAACAGGGACAUUUCCUCCACUAUAUGUGGACGUUGCCUUCUGUGAAACAUUAGCCACAAAAAUGGCUACUGAACUCAGGGCUGGGGGAGCUGCGUUUCUCUCGUUCCAGAAUGUUCUGGGACAUGGCGUGAACCCUACAAGGAAGACAGAGGAGGAAGCCCAAGUGAUGUCCCUCGAGGCUGAUGGGGAACGGAUGGUCCCUCGGGUCAUUCAGGUUGGGACCAUAGGAGAGUUUCUGGGCUGGAUGGCUCCUCAAGAGUUGACCCCAGGAUCAGAGGAGGGUUUGGCUCAGCGCUGGGAAGCCCAGUGGCAGGAAGUCUUGAAAGCAGUGCAGCCCCUUCCCGCUGGGUAUGGGACUCAACACCAGCCAAAGCCUUUUCCGUGGGACUCCUGCGAGUCCAUCACCAACACCAGCCAGUGGUCCAAUGGAGAAGGUGUUCCUCAAUUCUUGGUGGUGAACAAUGGAGAAUUUCCUCCUCGGGUUCUUUAUGGUCCAGAGGUUGGAGAAACCAGGCUGAUGAAGGACAUGGUUGUGGAAGAAGAAGCGCUCUUGACCGAGGCUCAGCGCCAACAUUUUAGGCAGUUCAGUUACCAGGAGGCUGAGGGCCCUCAAGAGGUUUGCAAGAAGCUCCGGGAAUUUUGCUGUCAAUGGCUGAUGCCGGAGAAGCACUCCAAAGAGCAGAUCCUGGAGCUGGUGAUCCUGGAGCAGUUCCUGGCUGUCCUACCUCCAGAGAUGCAGGGCUGGGUCAGGGGCCGUUGUCCUCAGGCUUGUUCCCAGGCAGUGGGACUUGCAGAAGAGUUCCUCAGGAGCCAGCAACAACAGAUUAAGGCACUGGAGCCAUGCGCAGCAGUGAUGAUGAUCUCCCCUGAGGCCGAAGAGUCCCUGGCAGGCUCCGGACCCAACAGCCACCUUUGUGGAGAAGCCGAGCUGAAGGACGGUCAGGAUCCCAACUCAGUGGCAGGUGAACAAACCAUGAGUGGGAACACCCUGGGGGCCUCUCAGCAAGGGGAUCCUGAGCUUCCAAUAUUGUUUGGAUCAUUAAUGGGGCAGUCAGGAUCCCUCAACAGCGGGGACGGGCUUGUGCGGAAGAACCAAACGGAGCCGGUCCAGAAAGGGGAGGAAGCGAGGCUCUGUAGCGAAGGGGUCUACGAGACUGUGGUCCGCCUGGAGGAACAUGGGCACUGGUGUCUCGAAUGCGGCGAAAGCUUUCAAGACGCCUUGCAGCUUCUGAAUCACCAGAGCACUCAUUCGGGCCGGAAGCGCCCCGAGUGCCCAGAAUGCGGGAAAAGUUUCCGGGACCUUUCGCACGUUCUCCGGCACCAAACUGUCCACACAGGAGAGAAACCCUUCGCUUGCUUCAAAUGCGGACAGAGUUUCACCCAGAAACCAGCUCUCAACAGACAUCUGAGAAAACAUGUUGAAAGCCAGAACGACCCAGGUUUCAUCACAAGCAUUAAACCCCCAAGGACUGAUAUGGGGGGUCGUAAGCGUCCAGAGUGCUUGGCGUGUGGGAAGAGUUUCCGGGAUGUUUCUCAGGUCCUUCGGCAUCAGACGGUCCAUACGGGAGAGAGGCCUUACAGCUGCCUUGAGUGCGGGCAAAGUUUCACCCAAAAACCAGCCCUCAAUAGGCACAAGAGAAAGCAUCUCAAAGGCGACCUCUACGAAGGAGACCAGGAACAGCACAUGAACCAUGAGAAUAGCCGUGUGGACUUGGUAGCCCCUUCCCACCCCUGGCCCCCUCAAACUUUCCCUGAGAACAGGGUUGGCCCCUUUGCCAGCAACUUGGGAAAGUGGGCGUUGAUGAAUCAGCAUCCCGAAGCUGUCUCUGGCGCGGUCCGGGAAGGCGAAACAGCAAGGAAAACCAUAAGCCGUAGGGGACAAAAGAAAUAUUGGUGCUUUAUCUGCAUCAAAGGCUUUCGGGACAAGGCAGAUUUGGUGAGGCACGACCGGAUCCACACGGGAGAGAAACCUUAUGCCUGCCUGGACUGCGGAAGGAAAUUCAGCUACACGUCCAGCUUGUACAAACACCAGCUGAUCCACAGGAGACCAGUGGGUCCAGAAGGGAACCGGUUCAGAGGCGGGUCCUCAGACUACAGUGCUGAUGACUUUUCAGCCAUCCGCACUCCUCCCUUGCCUUCCCUUGAUGGCAGCGGACGGUGGAGGAAUGGAGUGAAGCUGGAGGGAAGCGAAGAAAAACCACAUGGGGGGCCUUAUCGAUAGGAAAGGCCGCCAAGUGAUUGAGUGGCUUGGGUUUAGACUUUUCAGCCACGUAAUUCCAAGCGGUCGGCUUGGCCUCCCUCCUCCUGGUGCCUUUCAGAUGGAUUGGACUUCAGCAUCCAGGAAUCCUGGCUUGAGAAGGAAGGCUUGGCCAAUCAAAUGGUUUACAAAGUGAUUCAAACCAACUAGCUGAAUCCCAUCCCCGCAUGGGUGGGUGUGUAUACACACAAACUUGCACCACCACAGGUUGAUGUAUAUAUGUAUGUAGAGACGCUUUCUUAUCUUUGAACCAUAAUUAUAUUAUUAAUAAUAUUAUUUUAUGCACAAUAUCACUUCAA